AUGCAGUCGAGCCGGAACACCUGGUGGGGGGCGGUGGCCAAGGCCGCCGUUCGGCACCGCCAAAGACAGGCGGUGACGAGUUCGAAUGUGGUGCAGCGGAUGCUGAGGUCGGGCUGGAGAAGGGAGCGGAGGGCUGAGAUCUCGGCUGGACCGAAGAAGAAUGAGCGUUGGACGAGGUUUUUGAGUGGGAUGGGAUCUCUAGCGUCGGGCAAGGGGUCGUACUCGCGGUGGACGUGGGUGACUCGAGGUGGGUCCCGUGCGCUGAGGAGGUGUCGGUCCCAGACUGGGAGGAUGGAGGGGCGCUGGGCCCCGAGGGCUAGCUCGCCGAUGGCAGACGUAAACUGGAAGAGACCCGUGCCGUCGAACAUGGUGUGGUUGAAGCGGAGGGCGAAGAUGAAGCCUCCACAUUUGAGGCGACACUGGAGUGUAAAGCCAGGACAGACUCACUCCUUCACGGAGGAAAGAGUCCUGCGCCUUCUCUCCCCAGCAAAUAAAGGAGAUCCCCCAAGCAUUGGUCAAUUGGCAUGCUUGCCGGAGGUGGAAUAUCAACGGACAACCGAUGACUCCGCCAGAGCCUGGGGCAUCGUAAAGCAGCUCUUCAAAGCAAUUGAACGGCGGCUGAGGGCUGACUCCAAACUCCUCAAGCGACACGUCAGCAUCAGCCUCGAUGAACAAAGCUCCUUCACCAGUGCACUCCACCACCAGUUUCCUGCCGCUGAACUCUCUCAGCCGCCCUGCCAAUGGGUAAUAGUAAACCAACGCCCUUGA